AUGAUUUUAAAUAUUCAGCUUAAAUACCAACAUAGUAAGCAACAGAAGAAAAUAGAAAGGAAAUAUUUUAUCAAUGCGAUAUCAAGUACUCAGAGAGUUACGACUUACGCGGCCCCUAUUUUUGCUCACGCUAAGCCUGAAAACCUGAACGAACUACAAUUAGUUCAAAACUAUUUUUGUCGUCGGGCUACGAACGCACCCUGGUACGUCCGUAACGCCGACCUCCGUCGAGACUUAAAACUCCCCACAAUCCAACAAUUUCUAAAAUCACUCUCUGAGAACUUCUUCAAAGCCUCAGAGUCUCACUCUUAUCAUCUCAUUCGUGGACAUUUAAUUACUCCCAUACUCGUGGGUACAAAUAUGGAAAAUAAAGAAAAAAAAACCAAAACCGCCGGCAACGGCAACGUAGAGGAGAGGAGGAACGAUGCGGGGACAGAGUCCGACGCCGCAUCGAGCAGCGUGGGAGGCUCAGAGAGCUCCCGACGCGUGGAGCCUGGGACCGCGGAGACCAGUAAGUUCUUCCGCAAGCGGUCCAGGCGGGAUGGCGACCAGGGGUCGUCAGCCGGAGAAGAGGAGACUUCGGCCCGGAAAAUCCCCACCAACAGGCGGGGCGGGCUGAGAGGCAAGGGGAGGGGGCCCUCUGACAAUCAGAGGGCCGAACAAGCGGCAAAGCAUGCCGAGGAGGGGCGCCACCCGGGCGAUACGGCUCGGGUAUCAGGCGAAGAGACGGAUGCGACUGGCGGCUCCGAGGUGGAGCGUAAGGCCAGAUUCGUAAAGGAGGUGGAGGCCGCGAUCAAGGUCGUGGCCCACAAGCAAAAGGCCUCCUCAAAGUUAAAGGCCAUUCCCGCGGCCUCCGCCUCCAUCAUGGCGGCUGCGGAGGCCAACUUUGUUGGGGCCGAGCUUAAUGUAAACGAGGUAGCGGAGCUGCGGGCGGAAGUGGCCCGCCUGACGGCCGCCAUGGAGACUCUCCAGAAGGAGAACGAGAAGCUCCGCGCAGACCUGGCCAGUCUACGUGAGCCUGCCUCUCGCGCGGCGCCCCAGACGCAGCGCCCAAGCCAGCCCGUGCCGGUGGAGAACCAGGUGGUGGCUGCGCCAGCCCCAGUGCCUGCGGCGAAUGUGCCAGCGCCAGCGGCAAGCCAGCUGCCGCCGCCGCCACCGCCCCCGCAGCUCCCUACACCUCCCACGGCUGAAGCCGGACCCGAUGGCUUGCCUGGCAAAGCCUGGGUCCUGGCCUCGGAGGCUCUCGGGCCCCGACUGGAGGGGCUCCUAAGCGCAUGCUUGGAGAGAGGCCAAUUCCCGCUUCGUUGGAAGACGGGGAAGCUGGUCCUCAUUCGGAAGCCGGGGCGCCCUGCGGACUCUCCGUCCGCAUACCGGCCCGUGGUGCUGCUCGACGAGGUGGGCAAGCUCUUUGAAAGAGUAAUUGCAAACCGCCUCGCCGAAUACCUUGCGGGGACGGGGCCGGAUCUUGCGGAACACCAGUUUGGUUUCCGCAAGAGGCGCUCUACGGUGGACGCCAUCAUGCGCGUGAGAGCCCUCACGACGGGGGAUGCAGUGGCCAGGGGGGGGGUUGUCUUGGCGGUGUCUCUCGACAUCGCCAACGCCUUCAACUCCAUGCCCUGGAGCUGCAUUAGGGAGGCACUCCGGUAUCACCGGGUGCCGACCUAUCUCCGUCGUAUAGUCGGGGACUAUCUGACGGACAGGGCCGUCAUCUACCCCGGUCGAAACGGAGAGUGGAACCGGCGAGAGAUGUCGUGCGGUGUCCCACAGGGUUCGGUUCUGGGGCCGCCCCUGUGGAACAUCGGUUACGACUGGGUGCUGCGCGCCGACCUCCCUACCGGCGUCAGCGUAGUUUGCUACGCUGACGACACGCUGGUACUGGCACAAGGGGGGUCGUACGAGGCGGCGGCGGAAACUAUGACACGCGGGGUUGCGAUAGUCGUUGAGAGGAUCCGGCAACUGGGUCUCGAGGUGGCUCUGCACAAGUCCGAGGCCAUGCACUUCCAUGGUCCUCGGAACAGGCCACCACCGGGAUCCUCAGUGAUGGUAGGAGGGGUAUCCAUCGGCGUCGAGUCGACGUUGAAGUACCUAGGACUCGUCCUCGACGGCCGAUGGAACUUCGUUGAGCACUUCCGACGUUUGGCUCCCAAACUGGAACGGACCGGGGCUGCCUUCAGGCGGCUCCUGCCGAACCUGGGGGGGCCAAACGCCUCCUGCCGGAGGCUCUACGCGGGGAUCGUGAGGUCCAUGGCCCUUUACGGGGCCCCGGUGUGGGCGCGUGGUUUGGCGCGGCUUGCCGUCCACCACCUAAACGCGCCCCAAAGGGUGGUUGCCGUAAAGAUGGUUCGCGGCUACCGCACGAUCUCCCGCGAGGCGGCGAGCCUCCUUGCCGGAUUGCCGCCAUGGGAUCUGGAGGCGAUAGUCCUCGCGCGCCUGCACGAAUGGCGCGCGGCAGCACUAUGCCGGGGGGAAACCCCGCUGCCGCGGCAAGUUGUCGCGCAGCGGACAGACUUCCGGCAUGAUAUCAUGGCGACAUGGAGAGAGCGACUGUCGCAACCCCGUGCUGGGCACGCCACUAUAGCGGCGAUAAGACCCCUCUUUGAGGAGUGGCUUGAGAGACGCCACGGCGUCCUCACCUUCCGCCUGACGCAGGUCCUCACCGGACACGGUGUGUUCGGGAGGUUCCUGCACCGAAUCGGGCGGGAGGAAACGCCCGGGUGCUCCCACUGCGAGGAUCGACCGGAGGACACGGUGGAGCACACCGUGGAGGUGUGCUCUGCUUGGGCGGAGCACCGCCGUGUCCUCGUAGCGGCGAUAGGCGGCGGCGACCUCUCGCGUCCGGCUCUGGUCGAAGCCAUGGUCCGGAGCGAGACGGAAUGGGAUGCCGUCACCACCUUCUGCGAAGCAGUGAUGCUAGCGAAGGAGGUGGCGGAGCGGGAGAGGGAAAGAGCAACAGCUUUCCUUCCCGGCCGCCGCGGGAGACGCCCCGGGCGUCGGGGGCUACGUCGUGGCCCCCGACCACCGUAG